GUUUAGGGGGAAGAGGGGAUCAUUGCAUUGGAGAAGGCUUUCCACGUGAUGGAGGGGUGGGCUUGGGAAGGAGAGGCAGUCAGGGUCCUUGAGUUCUGGCCCUGGGUGUGAUUGGAGGAAAGGGCUCAGCCAUCCUGGGGGCCUCAAGGGUUGGACCGGGUGGUGUCCUUGGGACUAGGAGGAUCAGAGUGGGCUGGUGGGAAACAGGAAGUCUUUGAGCUGAGACUGCUCUGCCUUCCCUGGAGCUCAGAUUCUCUCCUCUUUCCUUUUGACCUGAGUUCUCUCUGCCUUCCCUGGGACCUAAGAUCACUCUGCCUUCCAGAAGCCCACUCUGUGCAUGCAGAUCCCAGGUUGGAGUCCUUUCCCUGAGGGCAAGGCCUGGGUCUUCCUAACUCCUAUGGGACCUUGCCCUCUGUAAAUUCCAGAUGGGCAGCCUCCUGCCUAUGAAGAGAGGAGAAAGAGAUCUUCUCUGGGAUCCGUCUCCCUCCCCAGCUCAGUCUGCAGAGGAACAAAACCUACCCCAAGAAGGGAGCCUGGGUUGAGAGAGAAUGGCUCCUGGGAGCAGCCAAGCCCCAGCCCAGGAGAGAGUGACAUUCAACGAUGUGGCUGUGAACUUCACCCAGGAGGAGUGGAGCCUCUUGGACCAUCCUCAGAAGGCAUUGUACAAGGGGGUCAUGCUGGAGAAUGCCUGGAACCUACUAUCCCUGGGGCUUCCAGUUCCCAGAGAAGAUGUGGUCUCUUAUUUUGAGCAAAAGGAAGCACCAUGGAUGCUGGAGCAAGAAGGCCUGAGGAGCUGCUGUCUAGAAGGAGACAUGAGACUGGAAGUGAAGGAGACUAUGGCAGAGCUAAGUCUUUCUGUGGAAGAAAUUCAGGAGCAAAGAUCCAUGGAUGAUGGUCCCUGUGACAUCACUUGGGGAGAAUUCUGUGCUCUACAUCAGAGAAUCCACACUGGAGAGAAACCUUAUGAAUGUAAUCAGUGUGGAAAGGCUUUCAUGAACAGGGCAAGUCUGGCUCAACAUCAGAGAAUCCACACUGGAGAGAAAUUGUAUGACUAUAAUAUGUGUGGAAAGGGUUUUACACAGAGGUCCUGUCUUAAAAUACAUCAGAUAAUCCACACUGGAGACAAAUCUUAUAAAUGUGAUCAAAGUGGAAAGGCUUUUACCCAGAGGUCUUAUCUCAGUGUACAUCAGAAAAUCCACACUGGUGAGAAAUCUUAUGAAUGUAAUCAGUGUGGAAAGACUUUCCGAGGCAGCUCCAGUCUUGCUCAACAUCAAAGAAUUCACACUGGAGAAAAACCUUAUGAAUGUAAUCAGUGUGGAAAAUCUUUCUUACUGAGGGCUCAUCUUGCUAAACAUCAGAGAAUCCAUACUGAAGAGAAACCUUAUGAAUGUAAUCAAUGUGGAAAGACUUUCAGAGGUGGCUCCAGUCUUGCUGAACAUCAGAGAAUCCACACGGGAGAAAAACCUUAUGAAUGUAAUCAGUGUGGAAAAUCAUUCCCACUGAAGGCUAAUCUUACUUUACAUAAAAGAAUCCACACUUGUGAGAAACCUUAUGAAUGUAAUCAAUGUGGAAAGGCUUUUAGAGACAAUUCCACUCUUGCUAGACAUCAGAGAAGCCAUACUGGAGAGAAGUCUUAUGAAUGUAAUCAAUGUGGAAAGGCUUUUGCACUGAGAGACUCUCUUAGAGUACAUCAGAAAAUCCAUACUGGAGAGAAACCUUAUGAAUGUAAUCCAUGUGGAAAGGCUUUUAGAGACAGUGCCACUCUUGCCAGACAUCAGAGAAUUCACACUGGAGAGAAACCUUAUGAAUGUAAUCAAUGUGGAAAGGCUUUUACAGUCAGGGGCCUAAGGAACCCAUGAGGACAUUGCCAUUUCCUUCAGCACAGAGUUUCUAGGGCAUCACUCCCUUUUCUAGUGGAGGAGGUGUUACAGUGCCCCUCACUUCUGGGAUUAUGUUCCCACUGGGCUCAAGGGCCUCUAUAUAUAUCUCCCAGAGGGUGACAUGCCAGCUUGCCCAACAAUGCUGCUACAUGACGGUUGGUGACAUGAUCAUGACUUGGGACAGUCAUUUUGACCAAAAAUGGUCAUCUUAAGUUUUACCAAAAGUAUGAUCUGACCUUUUAACCAAAAAUGGUAAUAAUACUGAUUUUAAAAUAUAUUCCCACUGGGCUCAAGGGCCUCUAUGCAUACCUCCUAGAGGGUAACAUGCCAGCUUGCCCAACAAUGCUGGUUAUAUGACAGUUGGUGAGAUGAUCAUUACCUAGGACAGUCAUUUUGACCAAAAAUGGUCAUCUUAACUUUUACCAAAAAUAUGAUCUGACCUUUUAACCAAAAAUGGUAAUAAUACUGAUUUUAAAAUACGAUAUGCCCUCAGUGUUCAUCAUACUAUACUUGUCACUAUCCCUUAGAAAAAAAGUGACAUAAAUGAAUGACUUGAACAUUUAAUGGCUUUUAAGGUUCUUUCUAGCUUAAAUUUAAUGAACAUAUUACCUACAAAUAGUGGCCACAGCAAACAGAGAGCUGAGACAGAAAGGCACAAACAUUUAAAAGGAGAAACUGGAAUAAAAUGAUUAGGUAUGUUGGACACUAGAGAAACGCAAGCAUUUGCUAUCAAAGUUGAAAUAGUAAAACAUUAAGAACAUGAUUAGUGGAGAAAUGGUUGUGGGGAGGGAGCCAUCCUUCCUCAUCAUCAUCAACAACAAAUGUUGACCAACUAACACCAGUAGUCAUUCUAGAUAGGCACGGUGGCCUUGGGAGUGGCCAUGCCCUGCUUGACUAUGGUGUACAAGGUCUGCUUCUAGCCCAGUCCUCACAGUUAUUGUCUGGGAAAGCAAGUCUUGUGGAGAAGGGGCCAGACAUCUACACACAGCAGGCCCAGGAGCCUUGGGAAGAAUAACACUUCCCAGUCUGGUGCCCUCACUCAUUCAGGGACAGAUCCCCUGUGGAGAUGUGCCUGGCAGGAGCUCCUGCAGGGCCUACAGUGUCACCUAAGGAGGACCCAGAAAAGCAAGUUCUUGCCCCAAAAGUCUUUGGUACUAACCCUCACCCUAAUUCCAAUGGUUCAACAUCAGAAAGUGAUUAAGAUUUUAUUGGAAGAGGUGUCACCAUCAGCUUUGCUAUUUCACCCUAAGCACCAUGGGUGGUCCAUUCAACUUGCAGCUCAAAUGUCUCAUAGGUGUUGUCUUUCCCAUUAGAGCAUGAGCUUUGUGGGGUGCAGUCUUACUUGACUAAUAUGAUUUCCAGUGCUUGGUUACAUAGUAAGCCAACUUAAUCAAUGCUUUGAAGAUCCUAUUCAUUCCUGAAGUUACAAUUUAAAGUGAAAGGAUAUCAAAGAACUGUGAAAACCAUUGGCCUUGAUUACUAUAUAUUCAGAGAGUCAAAAAGUUAGCAUGGUAGAGCUGAGUCAGGAAGUCCCUAGUUAAAACCCACCUCUGAAGCUCAUCUGGCCCUAUUUAAUAACCCUCAGUGCCUCCUGCAAACUCCCUAAGCCAGCUGAUCUACUUUAGUGAAGGGAUUUUCCAUACCGAGAGUUCUCUAUACCAGUGAAAUUGCACGUCCCUUUCUAAACGACAGUGGAGAAAAGUACAUGGAAAUUGGAGAUUUCAUUUUUUUAUUUCAACAUCCAAGGAUACCAAUUGACCAGGCAGAAAGAGCUUUGAGAACCAAAGACAUGUAACACAUAAAAACAUUAACAAAUACCAUGAAGAAUAUAAAACAGCAGCAAACCACGUACCUUUUUCUUCAAAGUUUGGUCGCUUAGAUUAUAGGGAAAAUAAAAAAAAAAA